AUGAACCGAAGGCCAGUUACUUGUGAAGCAUCAGAUGAUAUUCGCUUGGAUACUUAUUUAAAAAAUUCUUCAAAUCGAAAUUCUCAAUCCUCUCAUAAUUUAAUCAACCAUCGUGAAAACCCGGAUUCUAUUUCUAAGUCACGAUCUGGCGUUAAUGGAUUGAUUGGCCGUGAUAAAUUUAGGAACAAAACUGCUAAGAUACCAUCCCAGGAGCUUGAAGAUAUGGACCAACCAUUAAAUGGGCAGUACAGGCACUUCCCCCCUGCUGAUGAUGCUGGAGGUGAUAGUUCUGAUAUUCUGAAUUCCUCCUCUAUCGGUGAUGAUCAGUUGUCCCGUAGACGCUUGGUGUCUUCAAAUAAUGCCAAUAGCACUGCUACCAAUAACCCUACAUCUCGAGAUUCCGAUAUUGAUAACGAAGCCCCAGACCUCGAUGAGGAAGAUGAUGACCAUGACGGAAAUAACACAAAUGAGAUUUAUCACUUGCGUCGUCAACAACGAAGACAGCAACAAAGACUUCGUCGUCGUGACACCUCCUCAGCGUCAGUUUGCGGUGAUAGCACGUCCAGACGUAGACCACCGAUCAGUUUAUCCCGCUCCUCUACUCGGAUUGGACAGACUUCCAUUCCACCGCCUCCCUCGGAACCUCCACCUUCUCUACCUCCUUGUAUCGAUUCAAGUAGUCAGUACUCGAUGUAUCCGGUUCUGGGUGGUCAUAUGGGUUUCAACAUUACGAGCCAGCAGCCCUCUACUGGCACUCCUCCUACCAUGCUUCAUGUUACCGGUCUCCCUAUAAAUUAUUUGCCUCCUGGUGGGAUAAUGAAUGCUGGAGAUGCAAGUCACCAAUUUCUGCAGAUGCAACAAGCAGCUCUCAUUCAACAGCACCAGCAACAACAAUUGCAACAACGAAUCGCUUCCGUCAAUGCAGCCGCCGCUGCUAUGAAUGCAGCGUCUGGAAAUUCUUACCUUUCUGGCUUUGCUACGGUAGGACGUCCAAUGCGUAAUCCCCCUCUCAAUCAAGGUCAAAUGACGCUUCCCCACCAUCAGCCCAUCCCAAAUCUUGAACUCAUUUCCACUACUGCUCUCCUUCAAGCUCAUGUUGCAGCUCAAGCCCAGGCCCAAAAUAAUGCCGCACCAUCUGCUGGCGGUUCCGGAUCUGUUGUCUAUGAGAACUCCUACAAUUCUUUCCAAAGCUCCAGUUUUAACCCAUUUGGUGAUUCAUGA